CUGCGGCUAACUUCACGCUGUUUAAUCAAGACGGCAGCUCGUAGCAGUUUCUUUAUUGUUCGUGAGAAAGUUUGUGUUGUGAUCCGUCAGAGCCUCUGUGUGUCCGGAUAAACCUGUCUGAAUGGACUUUGUGCUGUUCACCUUUUCUUUCUGGAUGUUUAACCUCUGACUCAUCUCCCAGGAGACUACAAACACAUUCAAGUUAGCUUAGCAUGCUAGCUGGUUAGCACCGCGGCGCUAGUCAGAGUGACUGUUUGGAGAGCAAACUGUGUUUCUGACGGAGUUUGUGUUGAGAAAAAGUUGGUGUCACUAUGUGAAAAAUGUCUAAAGUCCAAACGGUGAGAGCGCUGGUGGAGCAGCGACUGACUGCGGCUGCUGAAGAGAUAUUUGGGCUGUUUGAAAGAACGAUAGCAGAGUACGAGGAGCAACUUUGUCGUUCAAAAGAGAAGAACGAGCGACAACAGAAACUACUGGACGCUGUUUUCAACCCUCAGCCUAACUUACACAGAGCAGAUGUCCAGCAGCUGUUGGUGGUGAAGGAAGAGUUUCCCUCUGAGCAGCAGGAGAGGAGCUGCAGUCUGGACGAGGACCAGGAGGACCCAGAGCCCCCACACAUUAAAGAGGAGCAGGAAGAACCUUGGACCAGUCAGCAGGGAGAGCAGCUUCAGGGGCUGGAGGAGGCUGAUAUCACCAAGUUCACAUUCACUCCUGUCCCUGUGAAGAGUGAAGAAGAUGAAGAGAAACCUCAGUCCUCACAGCUUCAUCAAACACAAACUGAACAGAUGGAAACAGAAGCUGAUGGAGAGGACUGUGGAGGACCAGAACCAGACAGGAACUCUGAUCCAGAUCCACAAGUCCAAACGGUGAGAGCGCUGGUGGAGCAGCGACUGACUGCGGCUGCUGAAGAGAUAUUUGGACCGUUUGCAAGAAGGAUAGCGGAGUGUAAGGAGGAACUUCGUCGUUCAGAAGAGAAGAACGAGCGACAGCAGAAACUACUGGACGCUGUUUUCAACCCUCAGAUUCAGCUACACAGAGCAGACGCCCAGCAGCUGUUGGUGGUUAAAGAGGAGUUUCCCUCUGAGCAACAGGAGAGAAGCUCCACUCUGGACCAGGAGGACCCAGAGCCCCCACACAUUAAAGAAGAACAGGAGAGUGACACCACUCACCUCCCAAAGAUCCACAGAGGGAAUCAUGCAGCAGAGGAAGAGUUCAUAGAAGGAGGAAGUCUGAGCCAAGACACGGUGGUCCAAACGGUGCUACAGCCAGAGCCCCUACACAUUAAAGAGGAACAGGAGGAACCUUGGACCAGUCAGGAGGGAGAGCAGCUUCAGGGGCUGGAGGAGGCUGAUAUCACCAAGUUCACAUUCACUCCUGUCCCUGUGAAGAGUGAAGAAGAUGAAGAGAAACCUCAGUCCUCACAGCUUCAUCAAACACAAACUGAAAAAUUUAAAACAGAAGCUGAUGGAGAGGACUGUGGAGGACCAGAACCAGACAGGAACUCUGAUUUCAGCUGCUCAAUUUGUAAGAAAACCUAUGCACGGAUUGGACAUUUAAAGGCACACAUGAGAGUCCACACAGGAGAGAGACCAUUCAGCUGCUCGGUGUGUAAGAAGACUUUUACACGGAAGGAAACUUUAAAGUCACACAUGAGCCUCCACACAGGAGAGAAACCUUUCAGCUGCUCAGUUUGUAAGAAAUCUUUUAGACGGAUUGAUACUUUACAGAAACACAUGAGACACCACACAGGAGAGAAACCUUUCAGCUGCUCAGUUUGUAAGAAAACUUUUACAGUGAAUGGAACUUUAAAGUCACACAUGAGACUUCACACAGGAGAGAAACCUUUCAGCUGCCCAGUUUGUAGGAAAACUUUUCCAGUGAGUUGGGCUUUAAAGGCACACAUGAGAACCCACACAGGAGAGAAACCUUUCAGCUGCCCAGUUUGUAAGAAAACUUUUCCAGUGAGUGGAGCUUUAAAGGCACACAUGAGAACCCACACUGGAGAGAAACCAUUCAGCUGCUUCGUUUGUAAGAAAACUUUUACAGUGAGUGAUUAUUUAAAGUCACACAUGAGACUCCACACAGGAGAGAGACCUUUCAGCUGCUCAGUUUGUAAGAAAACUUUUACAUUGAGUGGACAUUUAAAUGUACAUAUGAGACUCCACACAGGAGAGAGACCUUUCAGCUGCUCAGUUUGUAAGAAAACUUUUACAGUGAGUGGAGCUUUAAAUGUACAUAUGAGAACCCACACAGGAGAGAAACUUUUCAGCUGUUCAGUUUGUCAUAAAUCUUUUACACAAAAUGGGCAUUUAAAGAGACACAUGAGACUCCACACAGGAGAGAAACCUUUCAUAAAUGUGCUGGCCGCUCAUCCUCAAAGUUUCAUCUAACUGAGGAGAACAAAGAGGCAGAGCCUCCAGCCAGCAGCCCACAUGAAGAGAUGCAAACCUCUUUUUCAAUCUUUUUAAAGGACUCGAUAAACUAUUUCAAGUCUUUUUUUUAAAUGCUUUAAAGCUUGUAGUAACUUUAUAAAUAUUUAUUCUGUGUGUAUGAAAUUUACCUACAAUAAAAUUAAACAACACUUUAUUUUCCACGAUGUGAUAUUCAUUUCCUUUCUGUUCAUUUUUGUUUUGUUUUACAAAACAAAAGUUCACAAACUGAUAUUUUAAUUAAAUAUUAGAUUGUAGAAGUGUAACAGUGACAACUUUAUUUUCUAACCGCAAAACGAAAUAAAAACAUUCUUGGAUUACCAAAGUUGCCUGAAAGUUGUCCCUUCUUCAGUUUGUGGUACGAGGAUAGGCAUGCUAUGUUUUAAUGUAGGCCAGAAAUCCCUAAACCAGCUAUCCCUGUUAUGUGAUUUCAGAGGCCUGUACUACAAAGCAGGAUUGAGGGUCAGUGAGGUAACCUGAGGUUUAACCCUGGUUAUCAGUAUCUCCAAGGUGGUUCUCUUUUAACUUGACUAGGUCACCAUGGUAACUCAGCAGGUUUUGUUCU